UGUGCGCACAGCCGCUUCCGGUCCGCUGAGCGAGCGCUUCCGGUGGGGCCUGCGGAGCGGCGCGGCGCGGCGCAGCCAUGAGGAUCGAGAAGUGCUACUUCUGCUCCGGGCCUAUCUACCCGGGCCACGGUGUCAUGUUCGUGCGCAACGACUGCAAGAUAUUUAGGUUCUGCAAAUCAAAGUGCCACAAAAACUUUAAAAAGAAGCGAAAUCCAAGAAAGAUCAGAUGGACCAAAGCAUUCCGAAAAGCAGCUGGCAAAGAAUUGACAGUGGAUAAUUCGUUUGAAUUUGAAAAACGUAGAAAUGAACCAGUAAAAUACCAGAGAGAGUUGUGGAACAAGACUGUUGAUGCAAUGAAGAGGGUGGAGGAAAUAAAGCAAAAACGCCAAGCUAGAUUUAUUAUGAACAGAUUAAAGAAGAGCAAAGAAUUGCAGAAGGCAGAAGACAUCAAAGAAGUCAAACAGAACAUCCACCUUCUUCGUGCUCCACAUGCAGGCAAACCAAAACAACUGGAGGAGAAAAUGGUGCAGAAGCUACAAGAGGAUGUGGCCAUGGAAGAAGACUCUUGAAAUGCUUGUAUUUCUUAUUGUCAUUUCGUCAGCAAUUAAUAAUUGCUUAAUGUUUCACCUGGAGUCACUCAGAACUGUGCUUGCAAUUGAAGAAAAAUAGCAAGAUUCAGUAAUAGAGAUAGGAUUAUUUUUGUUGUUAUAAAACAAAAUAAGGUGAUAAUGGUUUGUACAGUAAUUACAGUUAUCUAAUUCUUGAAAACCUUGUCAACAGGAUGAAAAAUAAAGUAUGUUAUUUGAGAUAUGUAUUGUUUGUUAUCCAGAAAGAAAAUGUAAUUUUCCCUUUCUCUGAUAAAAGAUGUUGGUACUAGA